CCCUGUGCAGUCAAGAAGAUGAAAGGCAGAAUCAGUAAGGAACAGAUGGCAGAGUUCGUUCGUGAAGGCGAGAUGAUGCGGUCGCUGAAGCAUCAUGGCAUUGUCAAACUACUUGGUGUCUGUGUUGAAAACGGUUCAUUUUACCUCGUCCAGGAAAUUGUUAAUGGCCAUGGCAACUUGUUUGACUACCUACACAAGAAGAACCAACGGUUGACCUACUGGCAGGUUCUGCAGAUUGCGGUGGGCAUCUGUGAUGCAAUGGCCUAUUUGCACGAGCGACACAUUGUACAUCGUGAUCUCAAACCACAGAAUUGCCUCCUUGUUAACGACAAAGGAGAGGUCAAGCUCUGCGACUUUGGGUUGGCCCGUUUGAAGAACGCGGCUUUCGUUGAGACUGUUAGCAACACAGCAGGAACGCCGGCGUACCAGGCUCCCGAGAUGCUCCGUGACGAGCCGAUCUCGGAGAAAGUCGACCUCUACGGGUUCGCUGUUAUGCUAUGGGAGAUGUACACGGGGAAGCUGCCAUGGUCGGACAAGAACUACCACCAGAUGAUUCACACUGUUGCUGUUCGCAACGAGCGCCCUCCCAUCCCUCCUGAGACGCCGCGGGAGUUUGUUGCGGUGAUCGAGCAAUGUUGGCACCCUGUCCCUCAGAAGAGGCCGAGCUUCAACGAACUCAAGACUACUCUUCGUGACCUGCUGAAAUCGGUCCCGCAAGACAUUCCUGUCCCCAAGGUGCCAAACAAUCAUUUCUCUCAGCAGAAUCAGGCUCGACAGAACCCCCAGCAGCAGCAGCAGCAGUACUACGUGCAGCACCAGCAACCAAGGGCGCAUGGCGUCGUCCCUCAGUAUCACGCUCCGUCCGCCCAGCCUGUUCUCUACGGAGGCUACCAGCAGAACUGGUGAAGCAAAGAGUAGGUUGUAAGUUGGAAAGCAGGUGCUCGUGACGACGGGAUGUCCCUUUCCGUUUUUGGUUUAUCAAUUAUGAGGAUGUACUUUAACAAGUAGAAGGUGUGAAGAACC